AUGAGUGAGGACUGUUUGAAUCUGAACAUCUAUGUCCCCGUCGACAACCCUACCAACAUGUCCCACAAGAAGGCUGUCAUGGUCUAUAUUCACGGUGGAGGUUGGGCCCGUGGUGCUGGCAUGUUGGUAAACGGAGCGCCACUGGCGGGAUACGGCGGAGUUGUAGUGGUUACGUUCAACUAUCGCUUAGGGGUGUUUGGAUUCCUGUGCACGGGCGAUGACAACAUUCCCGGGAAUGCUGGGAGCUUUGAUCAGGUCCUUGCGAUCAAAUGGGUAAAGGACAACAUAGGAGAUUACGGAGGAGAUCCCGAUCGAAUAACAAUAUUUGGGAACUCUGCUGGAGGCGUGGCUGUGAUCCACCACUCAAUCUCGCCACUGUCAGCAGGACUUGGCUUGUUUCAGCGGGCUAUAUCUAUUAGUGGCACCCCGAUAUCAGCUGCUCCAAAUCGGAAGAAACCUGUGCCGAGUCCAUUAUCAAAGGUACAGAGACUUGCAACAGAUCUGGGUUGCUAUGACAAAUCCGACACGCUAGAUUCAAAUAAGAUGGCGGAGUGCCUACGAGAGAAGCCCUUUGAUGAAGUCCUUAAGUCCAGCGGGAAUAUCCCUGGCUGGUACCCUGUUGUUGAUGGUGAUUUUAUCCCCGAGGAUCCGGCGAAUGUGUUAGAAGACAACACCAUCCCAAAAUUCUCCAGUCUUACUUCGAUUGAUUUGAUGGUGGGAUCUAACAGUGCGGAUGGCGACGGUGGAUUCAAUAUGCUGGUGAGAAGUGGGACUCUCGCGAGUGCAGAGAGUGACCCUCCGAAAUUCUACCUGACGAAACCUGAGCUAGCAGAGGUGAUUGAGAAGUACUUCCAACUGGUACCAAAUGAGGAAGGUGUUGUUAAGGCGGUACUUCAUGAAUAUGUCCCUUCUUAUGGUAACAUGACUGCUUUCGAAGGCCGCAACAUCAUGGUUGAUCUCCUUUCUGAUAAUAUGUACAUCAUGGCAUCAAUAGCAACUGCUCGUGUCCACGCAAAGAUGUUAUCAGACCACCUACAAAGGUCAAUCACGGCCAAAACGUUCCUGUAUUUCUUCGAUUACGUAAGUCCGCUCAAGAACUCUCAAUGGCGGCCUGAAAAGGCUGGACACACGGCCGAGCUUUCCUUCAUUUUCAAAGAUGCCGCAUUGGAAGAGACGAAUAGCUUGCUGAAUAUAGCGACAGCCAAUGUCUCUGACAGUGAUAAGGAUGUUAGCGAAGCUUUACUGGGUUACUGGAGCAACUUUGCAAAGUUUGGGUGUACAUUCAAGAUGAUUCCAGUGGGGGUGUUUCUUCUCCUGUACGUGUGUUCGAUGGUCGCAGGCCAAGAGAACCCACUGAUGAUAGGUAACACAACGGUUAACACAAAAAUCGGGCCUAUCUUUGGAUUGAAGGAAUUCAUCGUCACAGAACAAAAGAGGCACGAGCUGUACGUGUUUAGGGGGAUACCGUACGCGAAGCCGGCAACAGGUGACGCCAGGUUUAAGAAGCCUGUUCCGAUGGCGCCGUUUUCGACCCUAUUCCAAGCGACCAAGUUCGGAGACUCCUGUUACCAGGACGAAAGCACUGCCGUGUUUACCUUCUUCGGCGGUUAUGAGCCUUUGCAACAUAAGAACGUCAGUGAGGACUGUCUGUAUCUCAAUAUUUACGCUCCUGUUGCAGCGACAACGACUAAUCAAAAGGCUGUGAUGGUUUACAUUCACGGCGGGCGGUGGAUGAAAGGAUCUGGCCAGUCUUUCUCUGGCUGGGCUGUUACUGCGGGAGGUGAUGUCUUGGUGGUUACGUUCAACUAUCGUCUCGGGCCGCUUGGAUUCCUUAGCACGGGGGAUUCAAAUGGAAAAGGGAACUACGGAUUGUUCGACCAGGCAUUAGCUCUGAAGUGGGUCAAGGAUAACAUUGCUAGCUUUGGAGGUGAUGUGAAUCGGAUAACAAUCUUUGGUGAAUCGUCUGGUGGUGUUGAUACUGCUCUACAUGCAAUGUCUCCAGUGAGUGUGGGUCUGUUCCAACGCGCCAUCCCACAAAGUGGAAGUGGUUUGUCGUCUCUUCCGUUUUCCUUUUCAAUCAGAGAUGACCCAGCCGCCUAUGCAAAGGGACUUGGGCACCUACUCUCAUGCAACACCACUGACACAGCCAAGCUUAUGACCUGUUUCCGGUCGAAAUCUGCUGCCGAUAUACACAGAUAUGGCGCCGAAGCGUAUGCCAGCAUACCGAGCAAGUUAACUCUAGAGCGGGGCAUUGGCCCUGUGGUGGAUGGCGACUUCGUCCCGAGUCGCCCGACCGGACUCUUCUUUGACACAAACGCCAAAGGCUUCAGCAACUUUCCCAAUGUUGACCUACUGAUAGGAUCCAACAGUGCAGAUGGCGAUAAUGGCUUCCAGAACUUAGCAAGUAAAGGCAAUUGGUCCGGUGCUCCGAACUAUUACCUUACCAAAGACAACCUGACCUCUAUCAUGACAGGAUAUUUCUCUGCCUUGCCGAAUUCUGAACGCGUGACAAAAGCUGCUCUACAAUACCUUUACCCGGUGGGCGAUAUAACCGACGAGGAAAGAAGGAACCUGAUGGUUGAUAUGGUCACCGAUGAUAUGUUCACCAUGCCAGCUAUAGCCACUGCACAGGUCCACGAAAGAAUGGGAAAAGGGACCAAGACGUACCUGUACCAUUUCGACCAAGUCAACAAGCUGUUCGCCUCAAGUGUCAGACCAGGAAAAGCACCUCACGCCGGUGAACUUACCUAUCUAUUUGGUUGGGUCGCCCUCAACGAGACACUUGCCUUCCUGAACAGAAACCCACCAUCCCCCAUCCCUGAGGUGGAUGUGGAGAUUAGUAAGGCAAUGAUUAUCUAUUGGACCAACUUCGCCAAAUAUGGGAAUCCAAAUGGUAACACAAGUGACCCCUCCACCAUCUCUUCCCUCCCGAUGUGGCCAGAAUUCUCGCUGGACAACCAACAAUAUCUCGACAUCGGCUCAAACUCUACCAACCUUCUGCUGACGGCAAAGAAAGACCUGCGGGCCAAGCAAGCAUCAUUCUGGCUCGACUACCUCCCGUACGUCCUCAACCAGAGCUGUCCAGUGCCGUCAACUACUGCUGCACAGUCUCCUUGCCCGACGUGCCCUCCUAUCAUGGACCAAUACAUAGGAUAUCUCAGGAUCACUGUGAGCCAGGCUCAGGCUGUUAUUGUGACCUUCGCCGUGCUUACUGCGUUCUUUGGCUGUCUCACCCUAAUCCUCUUGUUUGCCUGUUGCGCUAUGAAAAGGAAGUUAAAGGCAAGGGGUGAAAAAGAUGAGGCGCCAUCUCACUCUAACCCGGCCUUCUCUUCAAUGAGUAACUGAAGGCAAAGGUUAGCAGUAUAGUAGAACCUCUCUACUAAGGACACCCUCGGGACUGACAAGUGUUGUCCUUAAUAGAGAGGUGUCCUGAUUAGAGAGGUCAAAUUGAAUGGAAAGAACCAAUUUGGGACCAAAACUAGUGUCCUUAAU